UAUAUAAACCCUAUAUCGUACAACCCCUUUUCCUCCUCCGCCCGAGCCUCCAAUCGUCGAGAAAAAAUGGUGCAGCGGCUAACAUACAGGACGAGGCACAGCUAUGCCACAAAAUCCAACCAGCACAGGGUCGUCAAGACUCCUGGAGGUAAGCUUGUGUACCAGAGCACCAAGAAGAGGGCAAGCGGUCCCAAGUGCCCUGUCACGGGAAAGAGAAUCCAAGGGAUUCCUCAUUUAAGACCAGCUGAAUACAAGAGGUCCAGACUACCCAGGAAUCGGAGAACUGUGAACCGUGCUUACGGUGGUGUGUUGUCCGGACCUGCGGUUAGGGAAAGGAUCAUAAGAGCCUUCUUGGUUGAAGAACAGAAGAUUGUGAAGAAGGUCUUGAAGAUCCAGAAAGCAAAGGAAAAGCUCGCCACCAAGAGCUGAGUCAAUGUUGCGAGGCUUCAAAUUUAACCAUAUCCUUUGAAACAUUUCUCUUUACUCCCCCCACCCCCCUCCCCCCAUCUCGUCGACAAAACAACUUCGCUAGAAUCUUUUGUGAUCGGCCAUUUGAUGACCAUUUGCAUUUUUCGAAGUUUUGGUUAAUUAAUUGAUCUUGUUCCCAUUUGUGACAAAUUUUCUUGCAGGGUUAAUUUGGGCAUUGUUGUUUUCAA